AAGGAACCAUCUUCUGUUUUGACGGGUUCCGGCUUCUGGAUUCUUGUUCUGGUUUUCUCUUUUGACUUCACUUCUCAAAGCAGCCUAAUAUAGAGAAGAGAGAUUAAAUACUUUAUCUGAGCAAAUCACUGAACCCAAUCACAAGAGAAAAUAAUAAACUAAUAAUUUUCCCAGUCAACAAACAACACCAAGUAAUAGCGCUACAAAAUUGAAUUCUCACCUCAAUAUUCUGAACAUAAGAUAGUGGAGCUUUCAGUAAGGAGAGUUUUGAGCCCUCAUUUUGGGUUAAAAGAAUUGGUUUUAUGCUCUCGGUUAUGUUGAAGUGGGUUUUCAGAUUCUGGGUAUCUUCUUGAUAUGGCUUAAAGGGUUUGGUUUUGGUUUUAUGUGAUGGAUUUUAAUUAGCAUUGGACAGUUUGGAUUGAAAUUUGGUGAUUACUUUUGUGGAUUCUAGAGGUGGUGUUGUGUAAUUUCAUGCAUUAUGUUCAAACAGAUACUAAAGAAGCUUCCUCGGAAGUCAUCUAAGAUGACUGAUAAUCAUGAGCUUAGUGGAAAUUCUAUUGCACAUUCCAUUGCUUCUACUGGUUCAAGAAGCAGUGAAUUGGGUAAAAGCAAAGCUGGGAAUUCCAACAUUGUGUCUCCUCAAGGGAUUGAUUCUGCUUCGGAUUUGGCACAGAAUUAUGGCAAUAAAAUCCAGCAAGGUAAUUUGAAGAUCAAUGGGGGUUCAAUGUUUUCUUCUUAUGAAGCACUGCCUGCAUUUAGGGAUGUUCCAAAUGCAGAGAAGCAGAGCUUGUUUAUAAAGAAGUUGAAGUUGUGUUGUGUUGUAUUUGACUUCACUGACCCAACAAAGGACCUCAAGGAAAAGGAGAUCAAGCGCCAGACACUGUUAGAGUUGGUGGAUUAUGUGACUUCUUCAAAUGGAAAGUUUACUGAAACUGUUAUGCAGGAAGUUGUGAAAAUGGUAUCUGCAAAUUUGUUUAGGACACUCACUCCGCAACCACGAGAGAACAAGGUUGCAGAUGGGCUUGAUUUAGAAGAGGAGGAGCCUUCGAUGGAUCCUGCAUGGCCUCACUUGCAAAUAGUCUAUGAGUUCUUAGUAAGGUUUGUUGCAUCACCGGAAACAGAAGCAAAAUUGGCCAAAAGGUACAUUGAUCAGUCUUUCAUUGCCAAGUUGCUGGAUUUGUUUGACUCUGAAGAUCCUAGAGAGAGAGAAUACUUGAAAACAAUUCUUCACCGCAUAUAUGGAAAAUUUAUGAUACAUCGCCCAUUCAUCAGGAAAGCUAUAAAUAACAUUUUUUUCCAAUUUAUUUUUGAGACUGAGAAGCAUAAUGGAAUUGCUGAAUUUCUAGAAAUUUUGGGCAGUAUAAUUAAUGGGUUUGCUUUGCCACUGAAAGAAGAACAUAAGGUAUUCCUUGUUCGGGCUCUGAUUCCCUUGCACAAACCAAAAUGCUUGGCAAUGUACCAUCAGCAGUUAUCUUACUGCAUAACACAGUUUGUGGAAAAAGACUGCAAGCUUGCAGAUGCUGUGAUCAGGGGUUUAUUGAAGUACUGGCCUGUGACAAAUAGUUCAAAGGAAGUCAUAUUCCUGAAUGAGUUGGAGGAAGUUUUAGAAGCUACCCAGCCACCAGAGUUUCAGCGGUGUAUGGUACCCUUGUUUCAUCAAAUUGCUCGUUGUUUGAACAGUUUGCACUUUCAGGUAGCAGAGAGAGCUUUGUUCUUGUGGAACAAUGAUCACAUUGAGAACUUAAUUAUUCAAAACCGUAAGGUUAUACUGCCCAUUAUCUUCCCUGCUCUGGAGAAAAAUGCUAAAAAUCAUUGGAAUCAGGCUGUCCACAGUUUGACUUUGAAUGUCCGCAAGAUUUUCUAUGAUAUUGAUCCAGAGUUGUGCAAGGAGUGCUUACAUAAGUUUCAGGAGGAUGAAUCAAAGGAAGAUGAAACUGAAGCAAGACGGGAAGCUACAUGGAAACGUUUAGAAGAACUUGCUGAAGAGAAAGAUGCAACUAAUGAGACUCUGCCUGCUCCCAAAAGAGCACAUCCUGCCCCCUCUUAAGGUCAGGAGGGAGAGAUAUUUGUUGAUAGUUCCAAUGACUCAUAAUUUUUUUAUUUAGGUGGUAAAAUCAUUCGGUGGUAUGUUCAUGCAUUGUUAACUUCAGGAUAUGAUGGAUGGAUUCUGGCCUAUAACCAAAACCCCAAUAAACAUUUUGGUGAAAUUGAUCCUUUAAUCUUAGCUUUUACCUUGCAUGUCAGUUUAAAUAAAUGAGAAAUGUAAUACUACCUGUUAGAAAUCAAAACAUGCAUUAGCAGCACAGAGAGGAACAAUUGCUUAGCUAAGUAUUAAAUAGAGUUCUUUAUAUUCCUCUAAUAGUGCAAUGGACAAAAGGAUCAAUUAUGCUAGAUGCUUAUUGAGCUGACCUUACAGGCCAGAGGCUCAUCACAUUUGGAGACUUCUGCAUUUCUCUUCCUCUUGCACGUCUGUAUAGGAUAUGAAAUUAUGUUGAUUAAUGCAAUUACUUUCUCUGUAAUGUAAUGUUCAGGCUUAUGAGAA